CAACAAAGCCUUGCUUUCACUCGCCCUUCUGGACUGCGCAAAACGGGAACACCUCAACAUUUACGCAAUCAUGAAGGACUAGCAGCGUUCUCGAACAUUAUCAGGUAAGUGCUGCUCUUUUUCUCGGCUCUGUUUGUUUACCCCAUCCUCUUCCACCAUGUCGACGACGGCGACUUCUCUCGUACCUUCUUCUGUCAGGUCAGCAACCGACUCCGCCCUUCAAAGCGCCCAAAAUGUCGGUUCGGCUCUCCAGAGCACUCAAAAUGUCGUGACCAGCGAAGUGGCCAGCACUACAGGGUAUCUCAAGGCAAAGGCGCAGGAGCUGCGAUUGACACCCUCCAAGUCAGCAACCAGAUCCACAGAUUUUUCUACGCCCACUGCAUCACCAGGAAAUUUCAGACAUCCCCAAAUCACGGAAAUUCUUGCUCGGAACUCUGCAGCCUCCCUCUCAGACAGACGCGUGAAAGGAGCAGUGACCAACGCUGCGGCUCUGCUGCUCUCAUUCAUGUUUAGCAAUGCAUUCUGCAGCACCAUGACUCCGAUCCUUCGAGCCGCCGGCGUUGCAGACGCCCGUGACAUUUCUUCUACCAUACUCACGAUUCUGCGGCUACUCUUAUCGGCCAACAUGAUUCUCCUGCUACGCCCAGCCAUACCUUACAUCGCAAAGAAAGAUCAGAUAGCUGACAUCCCCUUGACACCAUCUCAACGCUCACUCUUGGGCCUUGAUCCUUCGGUCGAACCAUCACCCAGCCCAGCAGGCUCCUACAUCACACCCCCACGCUAUCGACGCUCGUCCGGCUCCUUUUCAGGUGGCUCGCGGAAUGGCUAUGGUUUGACAUCCACCGGUCGGCGCAGCAUAUCCGCAAACUAUUCCUCCUCGCCACUGUCCGCCCCACGUCACGCACUAGGCCUCUCCCCAUCGCCCACAGCCAGCCCGUUGUUCCAUAAAGCAGUCAAUCAGUCCUCAUAUAUUCCCGACCUCGACUUCGGCACCACCGGUCCCUCAUCGUUCGGAACCAGCACUGGUUCGGGCCUAGGUCGUUCACAGAGCUUGCGGGAUCGGGCAAGACGAGAAAGCAUUGAGCCAACAUCACCGACUCCAGGGACUAAGAGUCCACAGAUCGUGCCGGGGCUGAAUUACAAGUGGUUAUACGAUAAAGGCAGGAAAUUACCGAAGAGCGAGUCUUAUGGUUUCUGAUCUUGCAUUUGUACUUCUUGUUUCUUGCAUAUCCAGCAUUCUAGCCUCGGAGUUCUUUUCUACGAGGACGGGGCUUCAUGUGAGGUUUUCCGCCAUUGGGAUGAUCCUAACAAGAAUCCUCCCAGGCCGAUGCCACAGGCAGGGCGAAAUCUCUAGUCAACAUCGAGAAAUAGAGAACAAUGGACUUCUCUAUCAGAACGGCCAGAAACAGCAGGCAGGACCGUAUACUAGAUAGAGCCGCAUUACUGUCCGACGGGCAUAGUCCUUGCUAGACCUUCCAGAGAAGAUUGUAACACACCGAAUGUCGAUUCAGA